UCUCCAAGACAAUCUAAGACUGGCGACUAAUACACACACACAAACACACAGUGGUGCUCUGAAGCUUUAGAGAGUGCAACGGCGAAGAUGGGUUCAGGAUGGUCAAGAGGCCAGCACAAGCUGAUCCGGGUGAGGCCGGUCCCUGCUUCCCAGGCGGGUAUUUGCCCCGGAGUACAACGGCUUGGCAGUCACCGGACAAGCGGCUCGCUUGUGGCCGCCGGGGACUGGCUGACACACGGCCACCUGAGAGCAGCCUCUCUGCUCGGAAGAAGCGAACUACCUCCCCUGAAGGCGGUGCGAAAUGGCUCUCGCCCCCUCCCCAGCCUCAGGCAAAUACCUCACGCCUUCUCAUUUGAAAGCCCUUUGGAUGAUGGGGAAAGGAGCAUCAUCAAAAAACAUCCUCCUCGCAAAUUGGAGAAACUUGAACCCAUUAAUUGCAGUACAGUGAUCACCUCUGAGAAAGCUGAAGGAAGGCAACGAGCAUGCAAAACUCAGGCACAAGAAGUACAAGCAGAAAUUGCAAAUCAAUUUUCCAGAAGACGACAACAAAUCCAAAAAAUACAAUAUGAAAAGCAAAGACGGCAGCAGGAAGCAAUUCACCUGCAGGAACAGACAGAACUGAAGAGGAAUCUUGCCCUGGAGACUGGCAAUAGUAACGAGAAAAUAAAGGAUGUCGGAGCUAAAAAAGCAAGGGAAGCAGCACAAAAUAACAGUCAUCAAGAUCAAUGCUAUAUUGCAAUAGCAUAUGAUGAAACAUUCACUAGAGAUGAUGAUUAUCCAUGGAAUGACUUUAUUUCUCCAAUGCUCUUCAUAAAUGAUAAUGCGGAUAACAAUAACCACUUCAGGAUAAGUAAACAAUUUAUGAAGAAUCCAACAACAUGGAACAAUUCCAGCAACAGUUCCAGCAAUGAUUCCUUGGUGUAUUGGAUGGAUAAUACCAGACAGUCACGGCGCAGUUUAAUGAGAACUAAGACCGAACGAAUCUUAGUGUUUGAUGACUUCUUUGAUCAGGAAUUAUAGCUUUUCUGUUGAACUGAACCAAGCCAAAACAUUUCACAGUAACAUGAUAAAUUGGUUGUAAUAGUUGACAAUCUGCUUGGAAUACAGCAUGUAGAACAAACAGAGAUCACAUAGGCAGACCAAGUAGCUGGAAGGCAAUCCUAAUGAAAACAAAUGUUUGAGAUGUCUUCACUUCAGUAACAUUGUCCUCACUGAAAUCUACCAUUUUGCAGUGACAGCUGCACCCUCAGAGCAGGGCAAGAACAGCAUUAUAUUGACCAUGAGGGGAUAGAGGUUUUACUUCAGUACACCUUGACAGAAUGACUAUUUUUUUUCUGCACAGAAAGCUUUCUAUAAUGUUUACUGGACACUGUUCAUGCCUAUGGUUUGAUCUGUUUCCAUGGAGUUGUUGGAUUUGUAGCACCUUUCGCUUUCCUGUUCCUUUGUACUUAGUUUUCUGUUUCUUUUACAUUCCUGCAUUUAAUGGACUUUAUGGGCCAGUGGAAGCUUCCUGCACCAAGGUUUUACUUACCUUUCAGUAUUUCCCUUGUGAGAUAUUGUGUUAUGAGAUAUUGUAUUAUAGGUUAUCUUUAUUAACUCAAUCACCAGCU